CGUUGGCGAAAGGCUCCAAUCGCACCUUUCGUUUAAUAUUUCACCUAACAUCGCAAAAACUCGACAUUUUCUGUUCGAACUUCUCCCCACCUACCAAUUUCUCUGGGAAAGGCUGCUUUUUUAUUUCUCUUUUAUAUGGGUCAAUUUUUUAUUUGUUGUUUCUCCACUGGAGAGUCUCCAAUUUUGACCUGCCAAAGCUCUAUAUAGCGAGUUCACGUUCAGCCCAACAAAUAUCUCUGUAAUAUCACCACUUUUCUUUAACACCCAUUUCAUUUUGAUUGGCUUUCUGAGAAACCCAGAUCUCUAUUUUCUUGGGAUUUGCUUCUUUCUUCAUCCCAUAUCCGUCGGAACAGAAAGCUUUCAGGUAUCAAGCAUGGCUGCUCCUGCAAAACCUACAAGGAUUGGCCUCGCUGGUCUGGCUGUUAUGGGUCAAAACCUGGCUCUCAACAUUGCAGAAAAAGGCUUCCCUAUUUCUGUAUAUAACCGAACAACUUCCAAAGUAGAUGAAACAGUUGAACGAGCUAAAGCAGAAGGAGACCUUCCUCUCUAUGGCUUCCAUGAUCCCGAAUCCUUUGUUAAAUCGAUUCAGAAACCUCGUGUCGUAAUCAUGCUCGUUAAGGCCGGGGCACCAGUUGACCAAACCAUAAAAACGCUCUCUGCGUACUUGGAGAAAGGUGACUGUAUAAUUGAUGGGGGUAAUGAAUGGUAUGAGAACACUGAGAGGAGAGAAAAAGCUAUGGCUGAAUUAGGUCUGCUCUACCUUGGAAUGGGAGUUUCAGGGGGUGAAGAGGGUGCUAGGAAUGGUCCUUCUUUGAUGCCUGGAGGUUCUUUUGAGGCCUUCAAGUACAUUGAAGACAUUCUUGUUAAGGUGGCAGCUCAAGUUCCCGAUAGCGGUCCCUGUGUGACUUACAUCGGAAAAGGUGGGUCAGGUAACUUUGUCAAGAUGAUCCACAAUGGAAUCGAAUAUGGUGAUAUGCAGCUAAUUGCAGAGGCAUAUGAUGUAUUGAGAUCUGUGGGGAAGUUGUCAAAUGAGGAACUCCACCGCGUUUUCUCGGAAUGGAACAAGGGCGAGCUUCUAAGUUUCUUGAUUGAGAUCACUGCAGACAUUUUCAGUAUCAAAGAUGACAAAGACGAUGGCUACUUAGUCGACAAGGUUUUGGACAAGACCGGAAUGAAGGGUACAGGUAAAUGGACUGUGCAGCAAGCUGCUGACCUCUCAGUUGCGGCCCCUACCAUUGCAUCUUCUCUUGAUGCAAGAUUCCUAAGUGGUUUGAAAGACGAGAGGGUAGAAGCAGCGAAAGUCUUUGGAUCGGGUGGCCUCAGCAAUGUCUUGGUGCCUCAAGAGGUUGACAAGGAGAAGUUGAUCGACGAUGUGAGACAAGCUCUUUACGCAUCAAAAAUAUGCAGCUAUGCUCAGGGGAUGAAUUUGAUCCGUGCCAAGAGUAUUGAGAAGGGAUGGGACUUAAAGUUGGGGGAACUCGCCCGAAUUUGGAAGGGAGGUUGCAUCAUCCGAGCCGUGUUCUUGGAUAGAAUCAAGAGGGCCUAUGACCGAAAUCCCGAUCUAGCCAAUCUUCUUGUGGAUCCAGAGUUUGCAAAGGAAAUCAUCGAACGACAGUCAGCUUGGCGAAGAGUUGUAUGUCUGGCCAUCAACUCAGGUAUCAGCACCCCGGGAAUGUCGUCAAGUCUUGCUUACUUCGACAGUUACCGUAGGGAGAGAUUGCCUGCAAACCUGGUCCAGGCUCAAAGAGACUAUUUUGGCGCUCAUACAUACGAAAGAACCGAUAUCGAAGGAUCUUUCCACACCGAAUGGUUCAAGAUCGCCAAACAGCUCAAGGAUUGAAUGUAAUUCGGCACCAUAAUCCGAAAGUAAGAACUCUUUUUUUAUUUACAAUAAUCUCAGCUCUGAAGUGUUGUUGAUCAGAGCUCAUUCCAUAAGUAUUUUGGAGUCAAUUUGGUUACAUUACUGUAUUGUAUUGUUUUUGUUUCAAGUCUGAUGAACGUGUUGUCUGAUAUGGUAAUCCUUUGCGAGAUUUUCCAUUUGAUUUUAUUCUGAGAAAUGUUGAUUCAGGAGUUUAACUUCAAGCCA